GCCCCUUCUUGACACUUUGAGACGAUUUGUGCCCGUUUGUUGGAGUCUCGCAUCAGCUAGACUUGAAUCAUUUCUUCUUUAUAUACAUUGAAACCUACCUUCACUCUUCAAGAGCUGUUCUAAAAAGUAAUCUAACGAGGUUUCACAUAUUAUUUUGCCAAAGGAAACAUCAAGACCAAGAAAGAUGGGUAGUGGGUAUAAUGGGGAGAAAGGACUGUUUUCUCAUCUUGUUGGAUAUGGUGGUGGUGGUGGACAUUAUCCUCCACAACAUGGAACAUAUCCUCCUCAAGGAUAUGGUUAUCCUUCUGGUGGAUACCCUCAAGCCAGUUAUCCUCCUUAUGGUGGAUAUCCACCACAAACCACUGGUGGUUAUCCUCCCGUAGCCUAUCCUGGUUCAUCUGCUCCAUAUCAUCAUUCAGGGCAUGGAGGCACUGGUAUGGGAUUCCUAGCUGGUGGUGCAGCAGCUGGAGCUGCUGCAUAUGGGGCUCAUCAUGGGUACGGAUCCCAUGGUCAUGGAUCCUAUGGUCAUGGAUCCCAUGGUUAUGGUGGUUAUGGGCAACACCACGGUAAGUUCAAGCAUGGAAAGUUUGGUAAGCAUGGAGGAGGCAAGUAUGGAAACCACAAGAUGUGGAAAUGAGUUUGAUUUAUUUGUGUAUUGUGUUUGCCCUCUGAGUUUGUUUACUGUUCUUCGAAUAAUUUGUUUACUGGUUUGUAACUAGAACUCUACAAAGAAGUAGUUGAUUUGGUAAUAAAAAGGAAAUAAGAGGGCAAACUUUGUUAGAACUUUUGUGGAUCAUUUAUUAGCAAGUCAUUAAUUUGUAUC